AUGUCUGUCCUUGAAGUUUCCAAGUGGAGACACCUUCCCCCUCCUCCAGGUUUCGCGUCGGCGGUGACGUCGGUACAGUCGAAAGGGGCCUCAAACAAACAAAUCGCGGCCGCGAAUUCCUCUUAUGAAGAAAUGAAACAAUCACGCGCAUGGGACCUCGCCAUCUCCCCAGCAAAGUCCCUUCCUAUGCAAGCAUUCAUGCUCUACAUGUCCGGCGGUGGUGUGCAGAUUUUCAGCAUGGGUAUUGUCUUCAUGCUGCUCUCGAGUCCUUUCAAGAAUGUCGCGGCCAUCAACUCUGCGUUUGCGCCUCUUGCGCCGGCGACAUCAUCACCGAAAGCGUUCAGCACACUCCCACUUCAGAAGGUCGCGUAUCUCCUAUGCAACCUUUUGACGCUUGCUCUUGGAUUGUGGAAGUGUCGGUCUAUGGGGCUGCUGCCAACGGGGACUGGGGACUGGUUGGCGUUUGAGACGAGGGGGCAGCCUCCCGAGAUGCUGCUUAUAUGA